AUGGACUUUCAUUAGUAGGACAGCGAUUUAUUGACAUCUAAACCUACCAAUCAUAUGACUCAAGAAUUGGUUUCUAAAGGUUUAGGAGUAUAAGAACAAAGUGAUUGUAGCUACACAUCCCAACAUUUGUGUUCUAGUGAACACAAUAGUAACAGGAACAUCAAUGGCAAUAAGAGUUCAUUCAAGAAAGUUAGUAAAAGCAAUCUAGAUCUAAAGAACUUGACAAACAAACAUUCAUAUACCUGUGCGCAUUAUAAUUUCUUAGGUAAUUGCUUCUAAGAACAUUGCAAGAAGAGGCAUGUUUUUAUAUCAGAAGAAGAUGGGUUUAGUGAUUUCAUAGCCGAUAACAUUGAUUUAAUAGAUAACCUUAUAAGUAGCGGAAAGAAACUAAAAUUGUCUUAAUCUACAUAUAGAACCUAGUUAGCCAAAUAUAGGCAAUGCAAAUCUCAGAAUAAAGAAUUUUCAGAUAAAUUAGAGAAUAAGUUCUCAGGUUUAGAUUAAAUCACUUUUGGUGAUUUUUAGAUAGGAAACUUAUGGAAUCUAAAUGCUUUGUCUUUUUAGACAAAUCAAACCCAAUCUUAACCAGAUCUCAAUACCAAUUUGCUCAAUAAAUCUAUGAAUCCUUUGAUAAAGCCAAAACCUAUGGUGGAUUAUAAAUAAGCAUCUGAAAUACUAGAGAAUUCUUCAUCUCCUUUAUCCAUUUCCUGUGAAAUCAAGAAAAAUCUUAUGUCUAAACUCAAAUCAGAUAUUGACAAAAUGCAAGAAAAAAUUAAAAUUAUAGCAAUGUUAAAAAAAUGGUUAAAUAAUUAAUAAGUUGAUUUCAAUGAAUACAUAACUUUGCACUCCUCCCUCUCAUAAAUAUAAUAAAUACAUUACACUAAUUUUCUAAAGAUAACAAAUAUGCCAAUUCCAAAUUAAGUAAAUAUCCAUUAGUAGUUUCAAAAUAUCUAAAGUGUUUAAUAAUGA